UCAGCCAAAAGCGAAUCCCGUGGGCUGAGCUCUGCAGAGGCUCCGACGGCUCCCGGCCCCGCUGCUCGCCCCGAAGCGUCCGCCCCGCGCCCCGCGUCUCAGCCAUGGCAAGAAACCAGCAAGUGCAGAAAGCCAAGCUGGCCGAGCAGGCCGAGCGCUACGAGGACAUGGCAGACUUCAUGAAGGCCGUGGUGGAACACGGGGACGAGCUGUCGAACGAGGAGCGCAACCUCCUGUCCGUCGCCUACAAGAACGUGGUGGGCUGCCAGCGCUCGGCCUGGAGGGUCAUCUCCAGCAUCGAGCACAAGACCGAGGAGGGAGAUGACAAAGCACAGCUGGUCAAUGAGUACCGGGAGAAGGUGGAAGGGGAGCUCAACUCCGUCUGCAACACCGUCCUGAGCUUGCUGGACAAGUAUCUCAUCAAGAAGGCGAGCGAAUCCGAGAGCAAGGUCUUCUACCUGAAGAUGAAAGGUGACUAUUACCGAUACCUGGCCGAAGUGGCCACGGGGAACGACCGCAAGAAGGCGAUAGACAGCGCCCAGGAAGCCUACCAGGAGGCCAUGGACAUCAGCAAAAAGGAGAUGCAGCCCACGAACCCCAUCCGCCUGGGGCUGGCCCUCAACUUCUCCGUCUUCCACUACGAGAUCGCCAACGCCCCCGAGCAGGCCAUCUCCCUGGCCAAGACCACCUUCGACGAGGCCAUGGGGGACCUGCACACGCUCAGUGAAGACUCCUACAAGGACAGCACCCUCAUCAUGCAGCUGCUCAGGGACAACCUCACGCUAUGGACAGCCGAGUGCGCCGGAGAGGACGGCGGCGACGCUGGCGAAGAGCCCAAGAACUGAAUGGCCCCCGAGGAGCCGGGGCCUGGGCCCCCACCUGUCCCCCACCUCCCUCCCUUCCCCCCAACCCCCUCAGUCUCUUUGGCAUCUCUCUGUGGUUCAUUUUGUCGUGGUCUUUUAUUUUUGUGUGGUUUUGUUUCGGGGGGAGGUGUCUCAGCUCCUCCAUGGUCCCCCCCCAGGAUGCCGGGAGCUGGGGCCAUGUGUGGUGUUUGCUGGGCGGCUUUGGGACGUGUCCCCCCUCCUCCUUCCCUCUCCUCUCUGCUCUUGCCUGGGGGGUGGGAAGGGAGGGAGAGGGGGUGCCUCUGGCCCUGAGGGCUGCUG